UUAAACCCUAAUCUCCCAAAACCCUUAUUUUCAAUCCAAUACGAAUAUCUAAAGCUCUGCAACUUCAAUGGCUUCCCCUCCAGCUCCAUCUACUUCAUCACUGUCACUCCUCUAAGACACCACCAAGAAUCCAGAAAGCCCUGCACAGGACCAAAUCACCCUUCACCUAUGCCUCUCUUCAGGGCACUGUUUCUCAAACUACAAAACCCUCUCUAUAUUUCCCAUAAGCCCUUCUCAAUCAUUACCAGAACCCUCCCCUCAUCUACCCAGUCGAAGCCCGAAGCGAUAAGCGAAGACAACAAGAAACCCCUCGGUCUAUUGUUCAAAGAGGCGGUAGGGUUAUGCGAAAAAGUGGAAAGCAGUGACAGCGAAAGCGAGAACAGUAGUGAGUUCAAGAGGAAUUUGGAGGAUUUGGAGAGGGAACUGAGGGAUUUGAGAGCGAAAAAUGAGAAUGGAGAGAGAGCGCAGAGGAAGAGACCAAAGAGCUUGGCUACUUUGUUUGGACCUGCGCCGAGAGAAGAGGCACUGAAAGCAGAGAGGCAGGAUAAGCCCGUGAUUGUUAAGGAGCAUUCGCCGGAUAUGGAAAGCAGUGACAGCAAAAGCGAGAACAGUAGUGAUUUCAAGAGGAAUUUGAGAGGGAAAAAGGAUAAUGGAGAGAGAGUGCAGAACAAGGAGAGACCAAAGAGCUUGGCUACUUUUUUUCGACCUAUGCCGGGAGAAGAGGCACUGAAAGCAAAGAGGCAGGAUAAGCCCGUGAUUGUUAAGGAGCUUUCCCCGGAUAUGGAAAUGUUCGUGAGACAUUUGUAUAAAGAAGGGUAUUUCAAAGAUGCCAACUUUUUUCCUGGGAGUAAGUUGGAUUUUCAGUGCUUGGAGAAUCCCUAUGCCCGGGAUUUUAUCAAGUUUGCUGCGGAAAGGUUUGGCAAAGACAACCAAGAAAUUGCAAAAUGGUUGUCUGGCAGUAACUUGAGGAAAGUGGUCCUCUUUGGUUGUCCUUCAACUACAAGAAAGACUAUAUUUUCGGCAAAAAUAUUGCGAAAGUUUUUUGAGAUACCUGAAAACACUGUAUGCGAUAAAUGUGUCCUAAAAUCUUCCUGCAAGUUUGUGAAUCAGAGUGUGUGGAGAGGUGACACCAAGACUUUGAAUUUGGCUGUUGUCAUGAGGGUUAUCACUCUAUAUGCACUAGAUUCAGUGUCCCCAGAAUUAGCAGUACCCCAUGAGAUGAGAGACGCUGUUAGCCAAUUGCUGAAGGAGGUUGUUAAGCUAAGUCAGACUAUUGCACAAUAACACAAUUAGACAAGUCAGUAUCUCAUGGCAGGCUUACCAAGCAUCUAUGUGGUUGAAUCUCAUGGUUGGAGAGGAAUUUGACUCUGAUUUGGAUUUGCCGGGGAAUUUCAGCUUCAGCAGCUGGGAGAGAUUUUACCUGUUUAGAAAUAAAAUUUUCGAGUUGUGCUGAAUGAAAUGUCUUCUCGAGGAUGUGUGCUACUGUCAAUAACAAGUGUUGCUUCACUUGAUGAUGGUUUCAUGCCAUUCGGAGAGUUGAGAAUUACCGGUACAAAAAUGUAGAUCUUUUAAAUUUUGCUCCACUCUGGCGGCUGAAGUGUGCAAAGGAGCCUCACUUUUUGAGGGUGUAGUUCCCUAACUUCGGCGAAGAGUUAAACUUUCUGCCAAAGAGACCUUCUUCUUCCUGCAAAACCAUGAUUGAUUAGAAAAUAUUGUCAUCCCAAAUGCUUUUAUGGGGAUUGACUUACCAUAUUUUGUCAUACAUUCCAUUUUCAGUUUGACUCACUUAUCAUAUCAUGUGUAAAGUUUGCUUUU